AUGUCUCCGGCGGUGUCCGUUUUCCUCCUCCUGCUAUCCCUCCGGCUCGCUUCGUCGCCGGCAGCAUCGGCUUCCACGACCUGCCCUGUUGAAUCGGUUAUGUUGCUUUACAAUCUUCAAUCUCAAUGCCAUCCUUCGAUCUCCUCCAAUCCUCCUCUCCAGGUGGAUGGGAAUUUUCUUGAGAGAGCUUUAAAGUCGGAGUGGACAAAUGCUUACUCUUCGCUGCUCUUCUAUGCUUCCUGGUGCCCCUUCUCCCGAAGCAUGCUUCCUAAAUUCGAAAUGCUUGCUGCCAUGUUCCCUGAGAUACAGCAUUUGGUUGUUGAAGAGUCUUCGGUUCUCCCAAUUAUAUUUUCCAGAUUCGGGAUCCACAGCUUGCCUGCAAUGUUGAUGGUUAACCGGACCACAAAAGUGCGAUAUGGAGGGUCAAAGGAUCUUCAGUCCCUUUUGCAGUUUUAUGUCAAAGCAACAGGACUUGAGCCAGUGCAAUAUUUGACUGAAGGUCAGGCAACAUAUUCACCAAAUGAUGAAAAGAGCAUUAUUCUAAAGCCCUGGGAUGGGUCACCAAUGGAAAAUAUACUGAAAAGGGAGCCUUACUUGGCAUUCUCCAUCUUGUUCCUCUUCAUCCGGUUGGCGUUAUUUCUAUCUCCUAAACUGUUGUCUCACCUAAAGACAUUCUGUACCUCCAAGAUUCCCCAUCUCAACUUGGGAAUAUUCGGCGAGACAAGCAGCCAACUGUUUGGCCACAUCCUCCACUUGGUAGACGUGAGGCGGGUUUGGACCAAACUUAGACUGUGCAAGACCAGGAAUUUCCAUGAGGGGGCAAAGAACUGUAGGGUCUGGGCUUCUUCCUUGGCAUCGGUUUCUCUGGGGGAAUCUUCAUCUUCAGCUAGGUCGUGA